UUGCGGCUACUCAGUCGCAUUUCCAAGCAACAUCGAUCAAGUCGCGACUUUAACGAGCGCCAUUCGAAUUCGAGCAGCCAGCAAAUAGGAAACAUGAGCCAGAGCCAGCUGAACACGGCCCAGUUGGUCUUCGAGGAGAAGCCACUGCAUGUGCCCACACUGGAGGAACUGCAGCAAGUCAUACAGGGUGCUCUGCGUAAAAACUUUGUUAACGCCUCUGUUGAGGUGGGCGCCUGCCCCGAUCUGAAGGCCAAAGAGUUUGGGCUGGUGGAGUCCGGGCUGGGCGGCAAAGCUACGCUGCUGGAGGUGGGCGGUCCGCCGUAUUUGCUGCCCGUGGUGCAACGGGACAAGCUGUAUAAUAUCAAGGAGAUUACGCGCCGCAUACAGGGUGCUGGGAAGAUAUUCGCCAUUGGCGCCGGCGCUGGACCCUACCCCAUACGCAGCUCCAACUGCGAGGGCAUCUACAAUCUGUCGGUCAGCGCCGCCGACGAGCUGACCAAUGGCAGCUACACGGCCACGGUGCGCGGCGAGCACGAGGAGUGCGUGCUGGAGCGCAUUCCCAGCACGGAGCCGCGCUGUGCCCUGCUGCUGAAUCUGUACCUGAGCCGGGGUGAGUCUGGGCCAGUGCUGAAGAUCAGCGCCAAGCAGCGCAAGGGCGAGCUCAACUUCAUUGAGUGCAUACGCCAGGGUCUCGAGGAGCACUACGGGGACCGGGUGGUCGGACUGGGUGGCAUAUUCGUGAUUAGGAAAGGCGCCGUCCACCAGCACGUGAUGCGCGACUUCAGCACGACGCCCAUUCACACCGAUGAGGAGCUCAACCAGUGGCUCAAGUUCUACGAGAUGCCCGCCCAGCUGAACGCCCUGGGCACGCUGGUCACCAAGGAGCACGAUCUCGAUCUGCGUCUCCAGCACUUCCACUCCUUCUCCUUCAGCAACUGGGGCGGCCACUAUCACUACGACACCACGCCCGACACCGUCGAGUACGAGGCCUAUCUGAACGUAGCGGAGCGGGUGGUGCGCGUCGACAAACCCCUGGCCACCCACAAAGUGGGCAGGGACUAGCCCAGAGGUUAAGGAUAUGCCCCAAAAGUUUACACCAGUUGUAGUAUAAUAAAUAAAAGUCGCAAAGUAACUAAA